AAUAUUGUAAUCUAAUAUUUGCUUACCUUGUCUAUCUUAUAUCCGUGGACGAUCUGGGAAUUGUGGCCAUUUUCGUACGGGACUGCAAAACCAGUUCCAUUCUUGAACCAGAAAAAUCCUUUUCAGAUAGUUUCCAUCAAAGUUAAAGCCAUGAGAUUGGCUCCUGUACUACUCUAUAACAACACUGCUCAAUUCCCUCCUAAGUUCAUUUCCAGCUCGCUCAGGAUUUCUCCAAUCCCUUCGCCUGCUACAUACCCAAAAUGGGUUCAUUUUAAAUUAGCUCCUUUUCGCUCUCCACCACCCAAUUUAGUUGGGUGUAAUUGCAAACGAAGAUAUAGUGUUGCCAUUUCCUGCUUGAGAAAAUCCGAACAAGGGGAAGAAUCAUCCACUGCUGAGGAGACUUCGUCAUCACAGUCACAUAGUGUUACCAACAAUGUUGAGAGGUCUCAUAAUACAUCUGCUGUUGAUGAAGCAGAAGAAAGAACUCAAGGGUCUAAAAAUUAUGUAUCUUCUGUCAGAACGGUUGCCUUGUGUGUGCUUUCAGCUGUGGCAUUUGGCGUUGGUGUAGGGUUCACUGAUGGAGUUGGCAAGGCAUCUGAAUUUUUCGCUGGGUAUCUUCUGGAGCAGAGUUUGUCAGUGGACAAUUUAUUUGUAUUUGUUCUGAUAUUCAAAUAUUUCAAAGUGCCACUUAUGUAUCAGAACCGAGUGCUAUCAUAUGGAAUUGCUGGUGCCGUAAUCUUCCGAUUGUCUAUCAUACUGCUAGGAACAGCGACCCUGCAGAAAUUUGAGGCAGUUAACCUACUUUUGGCUGGGAUUCUUCUAUACUCGUCAUUCAAGCUGUUCACUGGAGAAGAAGAAGACGCUGAUCUAUCUGACAAUUUCAUUGUGAAGACCUGCCAGAAAUUCAUUCCCAUCACAUCUGAAUAUGAUGGUAACCGGUUCCUAACUUUGCAGGAUGGUGUAUGGAAAGCUACACCUUUACUUCUGACAGUAGCGGUUAUUGAACUCAGUGAUAUUGCAUUCGCUGUUGAUUCUAUACCAGCAGUUUUUGGUGUCACAAGAGAUCCUUUCAUAGUUUUCACUUCCAAUCUCUUUGCAAUUUUGGGAUUGAGGUCAUUGUACACACUCAUUUCUGAAAGUAUGGGGGAGUUGGAAUACUUACAGCCUUCCAUUGGUGUUGUCUUGGGAUUCAUUGGAUUCAAAAUGAUCCUGGACUUUUUCGGAUACCAUGUUUCCACAGAGGCUUCUCUAGGCGUUGUAGCUACAUGUCUUAGCGCUGGAGUCUUGCUGAGUCUUGCUAAGAAAUCUGAUUAGAGAGAGUCGAAUAAUCAAUGUGUUGGGGUCCUUUCUGGGAUGCUAAUCUUCCUUAGGAAGAUGAAGGACCUGUGCCGUGUUCUUUAUGUUCUUAUCUUUCUUUUCUCCUUCAUUGUUGCCUUGGACAUUACAUGUAUACUAGUGUUCCUUUCUCUGCCAAAUGCCAAAAUUUACUUUCUUGCAGUGAUAUUAACAAUGUUAAAGAGACGUUGGAAUUUUAGCCAUAGAUUUUGGCUCAAAAUAUGAGAUGAUUUUGAAGAUUGUU